UUAUGCAGAACUUCGUGUUUCUGUAGCUUCGAACUGGAAAUAUUUGGAAUAAUUCUUGAUUGCACUGACCGAGCGACGUGUGUGCUUCGGUGUGCGUAUUUUUUACUUUAACAAAUUUUUGAGCUGGCUUUUUAAUCUGACAGCUAUCUAUUAGCUGCCAGGUUCGAUCAUGUUGUAAUUCAUCUGCCAUAUUGAAUUGUCUAUGAGUCUUUUUUCAGAUUGGAAUUGAAACAGGUUUUGAAAAUACUAUUACGCAUAAAAUGUAUUUUAAAACAUUUCAGAUUUUUUCAACCAUCAGUGUGAUUCCGUUGCGUUUUGUGCCUAAUUUUGGAAAAUAUAAAUCUGAUCAUGAUUUCAAACGGUCUGCUCUUAUUCAAGUGUCAUCUCGUGAAAAGUAAACAAACAAAAUUGCAUCAAACGUUUGCAAACACAAUCACGCAAAGAUGGAACGAGAAAUCCUGGAAUAAUUCUUGUGCUUGUAGUUUGUGAUAUUUUUCGGUUUAUGUAACAAACAUGGAAGAAACUGUAGUAGAAUCCACCGAGAACUGUUUAAAAUGUCGUCUUUGUUUACAUAAUGCUGACUUUAUGGUUUCAAUAUUUGGCUCGCGAGGGCAAAAAGCACACAUGAGUAACAUGUUGCUCGAGCAUUUAAAUCUCUCGGUCAAAGAAGAUGAACAACUUCCGAAACAUAUCUGCCUGAAGUGCUGGCACACGGUAGAGUACAUUCAUUCGUUCGUACAACUGGUGGAACAAAACCAAGCCAUCUUGGCAAAUGUGCGUGAUAAUUCGAACUUUAUCGUCUAUCAAUCAGAAUCGGUACUCGAAAAUAGGAAAAGCUUUGAAUUUAUAAACGAUGUAAUUGAAUCCCGAUCGAGCCCUCCUUCGUACGAUGAGGCACAGAAAACGAAACUUGUAACGCAAAUGGCAAACGAAGAAUAUGAGGAAGAAGUAAUAGAAAUUGAAGAUGAACCAAUGUAUGAUGUUGUCUCAGUAAGAAGCAAUGAUGGCCACGCAACAGAACAUAUCAUCCGUGAUGUGUUACCUCCGGAUGAUGAUUCUAACGCCGCGAUACAAGAAGAGCCAGCACAAUGCAAGGAUUUCACUAGUAUAACUACCCAGGACGGAGAAUCUGGUAUUGUCAUUCGGGUGAAUGAUUAUCAAUUUCCACAGAUGAUUCGGAACGGAACAAUGAUUGUCCAUGGGGAGGAGUUGGACAAAUGUUUAGCCGCUUAUUACGGAUUAGAUUGCGAACUGUGCCAGCAGCAAAACUGGAUCACAAUUGAAGAACUAUUCAAACAUCACCGGCAGGUACACGGAGAGCAGGGUUUUAUUAACUGCUGUGGCAAGAAGAUGGAAAAGAAAUCGCUCAUGGCGAUGCACUUGGCAAGGCAUGUACAACCGGAAGCAUUCGAGUGUCCGAUAUGCAAGAAGAUGAUGACAACACCACGUAUACUUAAGUCUCACAUGCAGAAUCAUCUCCCGGAGGAAGAAAAACCGUACAAAUGUAAACUAUGCCCACGCCGCUUUGGCUAUGUUAGUGCGCUUUUAAUCCACGCAUCCACACACCGGGAGGAAAAUGAAGAAAAGUGUGUCUACCAUCUGUGUUAUAGCUGCGGACGUGCAUUCCGUUCCGGCGGAAAGCUGGCGGAACACAUUGCCGAAUCACAUAAAACGGAUGGUAGCAGCAAUUGCACAAUUUGCGAAACGUGUGGUAAAACGUUCAUAUCCAAGAGUAACCUCAACUACCAUCUUACUACGCAUCAGCCUAAGGUGUUGCAUCAGGUUCAAUGUGAGCACUGUGGGAAGUGGCUCAAAAACAAACUCUGCCUUCGUAAGCACAUGCUGCAACACUCCCAGGUGCGCCAUAGAUGCGAUAAAUGCGACUACACUACGGUUAACAUGCAGAGCUUACAGAACCAUCAGCGCGUCCAACACACGGACCACAAACCAUUCGAAUGUACAACCUGUGGUAAGUGUUUUAAACUAAGGAGUAAUCUCCGGGAACAUUUGGCCCAACAUCAGAAGAACCAAAAGUACUCGUGCGAAUUUUGUUCGCGCCGGUUCACCUCCAAAAGCAAUUACUACUGUCACCGGAAGCGGAUGCAUUUUGCCGAAUUGGAACAGCAAAAGCGACAGAAGGAACAGGAAGAAAGUGCACAUCGCAUGAAACUAAAACUACAACAGUGAGAAAUAGGAAGAAAUGGUAUACAUCCUUAUCACGUUCUCAAAAAAGGUGUGAAUAAAUCGAUAGCAAUGCUUGCGAGCCUAGAAA